UCCAGUCACACUUCCAGCCGCCUGUUUGUGUGUGUUUGUGCGUGACAGAAAGAGAAAACGUGGAAGAAUCCUCCGGAGCUCCGCGAAAAGCCCAAAAUCAGGAUUCCUAGCUAGUGCAGUGGCUUCCGAAAUGCCACCAAUUCGUCGGCCCAAUGAGGGCCUUCUGGCGCGAGUGAAUUUCCCGCUGUACUCCAUCGAAAUGCUGAGCAGUCGUCAUGUUUUGGUGGCUGGCGGAGGAGGAUCCUCAAAGACUGGUGUGGCCAAUGGAUUUGAAAUCUACGAGAUUUACCACAACGGAGACAGAUUUGUGGCUGAAGAGGUCAUCAGGCAUGAGACUGGACCCAGUGUCGUUAUGAACUGUGCCGUCCGAAGUGACGGUCGACGGUCAUUUCUUGUGGCUGGUCAGGAGAGUCAUUGUCAGAUGUAUCAUGUAAAUACUAAGGUAAUCGAUGAAUCUACGGGCAGUGGAAAGGAGGGAGAGACGGAGAAGACAACUGUUCGUCAGAGACGCACGUCCACGCGUCAAUCUCAGAAUUCGGGAGUUGAGGAUAUCCCUCCGGAAAGGAAAAUGUCCUUCAGACGUCUGUCAUUUGACAUCAAGCCAGGAGACUCGGUACAGACGGAUUUUCUGGACAGGGAACCAAUCCAGAGGGUGGUGCGAUUGAGCUGGGAUUGUAAGUUGAUGGCCACAGGUGGGACAGAUGGUCGCCUGAGGCUGUGGAAUUUUCCCCGAAUGACCAAAUCACGUGACAUUGCGGCACAUUCGAAAGAACUGGAUGACCUGGAUUUCAGUCCAGAUGGGAAACUCGUGGUGUCAAUAGCCAAAGAUGGCUUGGGAGUGGUCUGGGAUGUGGCUACGGGAAAGGAAGCAGGAACACUUACCUGGCAACCGCCGGAAGGUAUCAAGUAUCUCUUCAAACGCUGCCGCUUUGGCGUGAUUGAGGACAAGAGGAACAAAUGUCGCCUGUUCACUCUGGCCAAUCCACUGGGCAAGUCCGGAAAGCAGAAAGGUUUCCUGCAGCAAUGGGAUCCGGAAACGGGAAUCCUACAGCGAGCAGUUGGCGUCGAUGAAAGUCUCUCGGCACUCUCGGUGCGAGAUGACGGACGUUUCGUGGCAAUUGGAACCAUGUUCAGUGGCUCAGUGUCCAUUCACAUUGCCUUCAGCCUUCAGCGAGUGCUCCAUAUACCCAAUGCCCAUUCCAUGUUUGUCACCGGACUUCAAUUUUUGCCCGUUCUCAGCUCCGAUGGCCCAGCCAUCUCCAGCGAUUCCGAAGCAGCUGUUCUCUCCAUCUCCGUGGACAAUCGCAUCUGCAUCCACAGUCUCCAGUACAGACAUACCCUUCCCGCCUGGGCAGCAAUUAUCCUCAUCAUCGUCAUUCUCUUUCUCACAUUCAUGCUGUGCUCUUACAUGGGAUUGUAGCUAAUUGUUCAAUAUUUAUUCCCUUAUCAAUAAGAUUUCUCGUAUACUUAAAAAUGGAGAGUUGCAUUUUUUUUACCUUGCCCAGGGGCAUCCCCAGGAAAAUACCUCGAAAAAACAAAUGAGAAAAACUUGCACUCCGGAAAUCGAACCUCAGAAGCGCCGAAAAGUGGACAAAAGAUGCUGAGCCAGUUUCAACCAAGAAUCAAAUACCGCUUAUAUGUAAAUUAAUCAAAUUAAUAUUGAAAAUUUUAGGACAAAAGUGAUUAAAAUAAAAACAAUUAUUAAAAAAA